UAUUCAUUACAUUUACGACGCCUUUCGGAAGAAAAAGAGUUUUUUUUUAUAGUUUACAAUACAUUUUAUACAGAAAAGUAUUUUUAAAUAAUUUAAAAGUAUAAUUAAACAGAUAUAUAUUUGAAUUUAUAGUUGAAAAAGUGCUUAAAAAAGAGUUAUGAACUAAUAAAAAACGCAACGAAUAAUUAAAACAAAGAAAUCUUUUUCUUUAAUACUGAAAGAAGACAAAAGAAAGAAAAAACUAAGUAGAUAAUUGAGCAAGCAAACAACCUCCCGCUGAUGUCUCAAGGGAAAAGGGGAGCAGUUUUUUUUGUUAUACUCUCACACAAACAACAAAAUAUUCUAACUGGACAUUUGAUUGUUGUUGCUAAAAAUUAUAAACAAGAAAAAUGUUUUUAAAGAGUUAAAUAAAAUAAAGUUUUUACUUAAAUGGAAAAUUUAAUUUAACAAUUACAUAAAAAUUCAACCCUCUACGUAUUUGUAUUACUUGUAACAAAAACAAGUUAUUAAUACGCCUCCACCAAAAAAAAACAAAAAGCUAUUGUACAACCAGCCACCCCUUCGUCACUGCAAAAAGCAGAAAAACACACACACCCAGAGAAGUCAACCAGCCAUUAGCAGCAGUACGAAAUAAAAAUCCUGUUUUCCCUUUAAACUUGUUUCUCCAGCUGAAAAAAAAACAUCCACCAGUUUUUGUUUCAAUCUGAACACAGAAUUAAAUAAAAUAUAAACAAAAGAAAAACUAAAAACAAUAAUCAGCUGUAACACGUUCAUUUUCGUCGUCAUCGUAAAUUCAAUUCUCUUUUUACAUCCCUGGUCUAGUGUCUGGUUUAUAGCUGCAUUUAGUUGUUGUUAUUAUUGUUGCUGCUGGCGAACAUUCUUGUUUCGGUUUUUCGAAGCUCCCCUACAUUUCUACCAAAACAAUCGACGUGGUUGUUGUUCUUGUUUUCAUUUUCAUCGAAACUUCACAAGGGGUCACUUUUUCCAGUGUAAAAUUACGUGAAAUUUUGUGCACGCGCGUGUGUUUUUUAAAGUGCAUUUUUAUAUAUAGUAUGCAUGUGUUAGUGCCUGUGAAAUAUUAAAAAAAAAUAUAUAUAAAGAAUUUUUACUCAUCAUUUACUUGGCCAUUUUUUAUUUCGUCAACUAAAAAAUUACAACAAAAUCUUUAACUGCAGUUGGAUUAUUUGCUGCUUCAAACUUUAAUUGCCCAUAACAAACUCAAAUACAUAAAUAAAAAUCAUGUCAGCCGAUUCGGAUAUGGAAUAUUCGGAUAAUGAUUGCGAAUACGAAGAUUAUUACAAUUCAGGUGAAGAUUGUGAUGUUGAACGUUUAGAUCCGAAAAAAACCGAUCCGGAAUAUUUCGAAUUCGAAUGCCUAACAGUGGAAGAGGUUGAAAAGCUACUCAACGAAUCGGUGGAAAAACUCAAUACAAUACUCCAGAUAACACCAUCGCUGGCUAAAGUACUGCUGCUCGAGCAUGAGUGGGUCAAUCAGGUGGUAGUGGAUAAAUAUCGACAAAAUGCCAAUGCUCUGCUCGUGGAGACACGCAUAAAACCGCCCUGUAAUAAUGCCGAUCCAGCAUUGGAAACCGAAAAUGUAGCCUCAACAAGUGCUCAAGCAGCGGUUAGUGUAGCAACCACAAUUGGCACUUUAAGUACGUAUAGUAAAUCACCAACAGCUACACCCACUCUAAGCAGUAUUAGUGGUAGCAGCGGUGGUAUGAUGAGCAGCUUAACACAUCAUUAUCGCAGUCAAUUGUGUCCUGUGUGUGCUACAGUGCAGCUGGGCGAUAAAUUCUACAGUCUAUCCUGUGCCCAUUCAUUUUGUAAAGACUGUUGGUCAAUGUUUUUCGACACGCAAAUAUUUCAGGGAAUUUCCACUCAAAUUGGUUGUAUGGCUCAAAGGUGCAAUGUUCGUGUGCCCGAGGAUUUGGUGUUGACCCUAGUAACACGCCCUGUUAUGCGUGAAAAAUACCAACAAUUCGCUUUCAAAGACUAUGUCAAAUCACAUCCUGAGCUACGCUUUUGUCCCGGUGCUAAUUGUCAAAUUAUUGUGCGCUCGCGCGAAAUUGCCCCCAAACGUGUUGUCUGCACCUCCUGCACUACGAGUUUUUGCUUCAAAUGCGGCAUGGACUAUCAUGCUCCCACAGAUUGUCAAGUUAUUAGAAAAUGGUUAACCAAAUGUGCUGACGACAGCGAAACGGCCAACUAUAUAAGCGCCAAUACCAAAGACUGUCCCAAAUGUCACAUCUGCAUUGAGAAGAAUGGCGGCUGCAAUCACAUGCAAUGUUUCAAUUGUAAAUACGAUUUCUGUUGGAUGUGUUUGGGUGACUGGAAGACACACGGUUCAGAAUAUUAUGAAUGCUCACGCUAUAAAGAUAAUCCCAAUAUUGCCAAUGAAUCGGUGCAUGUUCAGGCCAGAGAGGCAUUAAAGAAAUAUUUACAUUACUAUGAACGUUGGGAGAAUCAUUCGAAGUCUUUGCAAUUGGAACAGCAGACAUUGGAUCGUUUGCGUACACGCAUUAAUGACAAGGUUAUGAAAGGCCGUGGCACUUGGAUCGACUGGCAGUAUCUCUUCAAUGCCGCUUCUCUGCUGGCGAAAUGUCGCUAUACCUUGCAAUACACUUACCCCUAUGCGUAUUUCAUGGAGAGUGGUUCACGCAAAGAUCUCUUUGAAUAUCAGCAGGCUCAGCUAGAAGCUGAAAUUGAAAAUCUCUCGUGGAAAAUUGAACGUGCUGAAACAACAGAUUUGGGAGAUUUAGAAAAUCAAAUGGAUAUUGCUGAAAAACGGCGCACUACUUUGCUCAAAGACUUCUUCCCCGUUGAGGUGUAAAUCAAUCAAUUAUUAUAAUAUAACAAAAUAAUAUUUAUUAGAGUAUUUAGUAAAACAAUAAAAAUAAAAAAUUUAAUUAAGUAUUUGCCAACCCUGCUAAAAGAAGAAAAAAUAUAAAAUAAAAUUAUAAAAAAAACACAAAAUGAUUAAACAACUAAAUUAUGUAGUUAAAUAUAAAUAAAAAAUAUUUAAUAAAUUAUUAUUAUAAUUUCUUUUGCAAUAUAAGAUUUUUAAUCUAAAACAAGUAUAUUAUAAAAUUAAUAAUAUUAAAAUAAAAAAAAACGACACUAAAUAAAAAAUUUAUUACUUAAAAAAAAAUAAAA